UAAACCAAAUCUGGUGCCUGAACACUUCCCCACACAAUUUUAGUUCGGCAAAAAAAAAAUUGAAAUACAAUCUCAGUGUGAGCGCAACCCUCUUGAGGUGCCAUUUCACUCGUCGCGAACAACAGCCACACUGGCCGUGGAGGUGUGAAAGAAACCCAAGAUUUGCAUUUUCCUCUUGUUUUUCCCUUUUCGUUUAUCCGUGUCCCCGCUACAAACCAAUGCUCAUCCGGACAGGAUACCAAGCAAUUGGCAACCCACAAUGAGCGCUCGCAGGUCCAGGAGCGGACCGACGCUCAACUUCAAGGCGGUGCUGCUGGGCGAAGGCUGUGUGGGCAAGACGUCAUUGGUGCUGCGCUACAUGGAGGAUAAGUUUAAUGCCCAGCACUUGAGCACGUUGCAGGCCUCAUUUGUCACGCGCAAGGUCUCCCUGGAGGAUGGUCGGCGGGCGCAGUUAAAUAUCUGGGAUACGGCUGGCCAAGAGCGCUUCCAUGCCCUGGGACCCAUUUAUUAUCGUGGCAGUGACGGUGCCCUGCUUGUCUACGACAUCACCGAUCAGGAUUCAUUCCAGAAGGUCAAGUCGUGGGUACGUGAACUCCGACAGAUGCGCGGCACAGAGAUUGCCCUGAUCAUUGUGGGCAACAAGACUGAUUUGGAGGAGCAGCGUGCCGUGGAGUAUGCCGAGGCGCUGCAAUAUGCCCGCACCGUGGGCGCCCAAUAUGUGGAAACGUCGGCCAAGGAAAACGAAGGUGUGUCAGAGCUCUUCGAGCUACUCUCUCGCCUUAUGCUCGAGCAGCGUAGCCAGCGGGAGCCGGAUGCGAGUCCGUUGCGUUUGCAGAAUGGCAGCGGUGAUACGGACGCGGUGAGCAUCUCGGAUGAAUCAGAGACGCCGGGACAGGGGGAUGCCGCCGGCCAGCGAUCCUGCUGCGGCAUCUAGCCGUCCCAUUGUGAUAUACAGUAAUCAUAACACUAUGUACUAGUAGACCUGUAGCAGAUGUUCUUCAUCCUUUGUAUAUAUAUCUCUGUAUAUCUACUUAUAGCGCGUGUGUUUCUGUUAUUAAAUAACCUUAUCCUUAAAUACGUAUCUGUAAUCAUUAUGACCCUUGUAUUGUGUUGAUCCUCAUUGUUUGUAUUUUUUCUUUUUUUUUUUUGUUUCCCAAAAAAUUGCUCAGAUAUUGUUUAUCGUUUUUUCUCGGCACCUAAAAAAUUUAAAAAAAAAUUAUGUACGUUUUGUAGUUUGUAUGCGAAAUUUCGAGUUUGCCAUUAUGGACAUUCGAUUCAUUCUCAACUCUUUGUGUGCGCCAAGCAAUAAAUUAUCAUGUACUAGCA